AUGCUCAAAACCAUGACCCAGGACUCGCAUCAAGUCGCCUCGCCUUCCUCCUCUUCCACCUCUACUUCGUCGUCAUCGUUGCAUAUGGACUUCCUUCGAGUGUUCAAGCGCAAGUCGUCGAUCAGAUCGUGGUCCCGCAAGAACUCGGCUUCCGACUCUUCCGCGUUCUCCACACCUACCUCUUCGCGUCGCUCGUCCUUCGCCUCGCAAGGCUUUGCUUCCGUCCAUCACCACCAGAUCUCGCCUGCCUCCAGUGCCAACACCUCGCCAGCAAUCUCCAGACAAGUGACGAAAAAUGUAUCGGACUACGAGGCGCUGAUUCAGAACACGCAGAGGCAGGAACAGGCGGACGAAGCGAUUCGUCAGAAGGAGCUACAGGCGUAUUUCAACCGCGCUGCCGAGACCGGGCUGAGUCUCAGGAGGUUCUAG